GUACUAUCUAGCUAGAAGUAUCCAUUGUUCUUUGCAGACGUAGUGAUGAUUAGAUCAAUGAAAACUCCUCUUCAGUUCUUUGCUUUCACUCUUUUUCUUCUGUACUGGCAACCAAUCAAACCCAUCAGAGCUGGCCAUGGUGUGGAAGAAAUAGGGUAUAAUUAUAGGAAAGGGAGCAAGAAGGGACCAGAGCACUGGGGAGACCUUAAGAAAGAAUGGAAGGCAUGCAAAGAUGGAAAAUUGCAAUCGCCAAUAAAUUUGUCGGAUAAGCACGCUAGAAAAGCAAUCUCAAGAGUAUAUGAUCUUAAAAUGAGCUAUAAGCCUUCAAAUGCAACCAUGAAGAAUGAAGGUCAUGCUAUUGCGAUUGAAUGGGAGGGUGAUGCAGGAUCAAUUCAGAUCAAUGGCACUGAUUUUUUCCUCAAACAAUGCCAUUGGCACAGAUCCUCUGAACAUUUCAUUAAUGGCAGAAGUUAUGAUUUGGAAUUGCACAUGGUUCACCACAGCCGGAAGAACAACGUAGCUGUAGUCGCAUUCCUCUACAAAAUUGGUAGACGUAGUCCUUUUUUCUCAAAGAUGAACAAUGACGUAUUGUCUCUAACUGGUAUAGAGAAGGAGAUACACUUGGGAGUGAUUGAUCCAAGAUUGAUAAGAUGGCCAAGCUCACAAUUUUACAGAUAUAUGGGCUCACUCACAACCCCUCCUUGCACAGGUGGAGUUAUUUGGAGCGUAAACAAAAAGGUACUUUCUGUUACAAAAGAACAACUGAGGUUACUUGAACGAGUCGUCUAUGGUCAUGCAAAGAUGAAUGCUAGACCAUUACAACGUCUUAAUGGCCGGGAUAUCACUCUCUUUGGUCCUCGGUGGGGAUUGCGUAACUGACCACCUCUAUUUUUGUUUCUCGUUAAAACGAGGCUGAAGGGGAGGGAGGGAAGGAAGUAUUCCAACGAGUUAGUAGGGUUUAGAACAUGUAGGGUUCACUAGCUUAGAAGCCACCACAUAAUCUACAUUUUCGAUCUUGUUGCAAUAAUUUAGGAUUUUUUUAAUUUUAAAUAAACUAGGAUUUUUUUAAAAUAAAGUAGGACUUUCUUAUGUAGAUCAAGCAUAUAUACCCGCAUGGAAGAUGCUAUAUAUGUAUAAGU